GGAGACUAGCGGCUGGAUUUGCAACUAUAGAGACUGAUUAAAACACACAUUUGCUAGGGAAAAACUAUUCUAAUAAAGUGAAAUUCUAUUCUACAUUUAGACCGAACUUCUACUUUCAACUAAUUUUGACUGGCAAUUAUUGCACAAAAAUAAGGGCUUAUAACCAUUUGAAAAGUUAUGGAAAACAAUAACCAAUGGUGUCAGUUAUGAGUGAACUCCGGACAUCAUGGUAAACUGGCUCUGCAUAACUACUUUCAAAAAUCACAGCUUUUGACUCCUUAAACCCAACAUUGCAAAAUAUUGUUUUCCUCCUGUUGUGCGGAAUUCUUCAGAAGGACAAUGAAUUGUAAUGUUUGUUUGGAGGUCGCGUUUACAUUAUGAGGCCGAUUAGCUUUGCUGGAGUUCAAAUGGACAAAGAGAAUGGUUCACUAGUCUUCACCGACCGAGCAGACAGAACCUGGAUCUAAAGUGAGGUUCGACUGCCGACUUCAGUGCCAUAACUUCACAAACAUAGACUUUUGAAUAUCGGACCCACUACGAGGAAAUUAUGUGGAGCCCGUGGCAGUUGGUGUACCGUACAGCCUUCGGCUGCAUGGUUCUGGAAAUAUUUAUUCACAAUGUUGCACAAGGACUCAAUGUUUGUAUGAGUGGCAGCGCUACAUCCUGUGAAGAAUGCCUCCUCAUCUCUCCGAGCUGCGCCUGGUGCGCGCAAGAGGAGUUUGGCAGGGCGAGGACCCUGACGUCACGGUGUGACUUGAGUCAGAACCUGCAGAAGAGAGGCUGUGAGGCCCAUAACAUAGAGAGUCCUAGUAGCACAACCAUGGUAGUGAAGAGCGAACCCCUCAGCUCCAAAGGCUCCGGGCCGACCCAGUAUGAUGUCAUCCAGAUCAUGCCCCAGAAGAUCUCCCUGAAUCUUAGACCAGGUGACCAGACCUCAUUCGAAGUGCAGGUGCGUCAGGUGGAGGACUACCCUGUUGACCUGUACUACCUGAUGGACCUGUCUCUGUCCAUGAAGGAUGACCUGGACACCAUCAGGAACCUGGGCACCAAGCUGGCUGACGAGAUGAGGAAACUCACCUCAAACUUCAGACUAGGCUUUGGCUCCUUCGUAGACAAGAACAUGUCACCAUUCUCUUACACAGCCACCAAGUACCAGGACAACCCCUGCAAUGGUGAGAACUGAGGAAGGGCAUUAUACAAGCUGUUCCCCAACUGUGUCCCUUCCUUUGGGUUCCGCCACCUCCUCUCCCUGACGGACAAGGUGGAUCGCUUCAACGAGGAGGUGCAGAAACAGAUGGUGUCUCGCAACAGGGACGCUCCGGAGGGAGGCUUCGACGCCAUCCUGCAGGCUGCCGUCUGUAAGGAGAGGAUAGGUUGGAGGAAGGAGGCCUUCCACCUGCUGGUGUUUGCCACAGACGAUGUGCCUCACCUGGCCUUGGACGGUAAACUAGGAGGCCUGGUCCAGCCCCAUGAUGGGGAGUGCCACAUGAAUGAGAAGAACGAAUACAGCGGCUCCACCAAGAUGGACUAUCCCUCUCUGGCUCUGUUGGGAGAGAAGCUGGCGGAGAACAACAUCUAUCUCAUCUUCGCCGUGACUAAAAGGCUCUAUGUCAUUUACAAGAAUUUCACAGCACUGAUACCUGGAACUACAGUGGAGAUUCUGGAUCAGGACUCCAAGAACAUCAUCCAACUCAUCGUUAACGCCUACAAUAACAUCCGGUCCAAAGUGGAGCUGACCGUGUGGGAUCAACCUGAAGACCUCAGUCUGUCCUUCACGGCCACCUGUCAGGACGGACAGCCCCUACCAGGCCUCAGGAAGUGUGCUGACCUCAAGAUCGGAGACACGGUGUCCUUCAACGUGAGUGUGGAUGCUAGGGGCUGCCCUGCCCCUGGCACCCAGCAGAGAUUCACCAUCAAACCUGUGGGUUUCAAGAAUCGUCUGGAGGUGUCAGUGGACUACCGCUGUGCCUGUGGCUGCACCGACCAGACCCAGGCUAACAGUAGCCGCUGCAGCUCUAUCGGACAGUACACCUGUGGUACCUGCCGCUGUGACCCGGGCUACCUGGGCGCCCGCUGUGAGUGCCAGGAGGGCGAGGCUGGCAGCAUGUACCUGAGCGCCUGUAGAGAGGCGGAGGGGAAGCAGAUCUGUGGUGGGAGAGGGGAGUGCAGUUGUAACCAAUGCCUCUGCUACGAGUCAGAGUUCGGGAAGAUCUACGGGACCUUCUGCGAGUGUGACGACUUCUCCUGCGCCCGACACAAGGGCAUCCUCUGCUCAGGUCACGGAGAGUGCCACUGUGGGGAGUGUAAGUGCCAUGCGGGCUACAUCGGAGACAACUGUAACUGCUCCACGGACACGUCUUCCUGUGUGUCUGAUGACGGGAAGAUCUGUAGUGGGCGAGGCAGCUGUGUGUGCGGGCACUGCCAGUGUACAGAACCAGGGGCCUUUGGGGACACCUGCGAGAAAUGCCCCACCUGCCCCGAUGCCUGUGGCACCAAAAGGGAAUGCAUCGAGUGCCGGCUUUUCGACUCCGGAAGACUGUCCGACAACCAGACGUGCCAGCGGCUAUGCAAGGACGAGAUCAUCACUGUGGAAACGCUUAAAACGGAAGACCCAAACGCUGUCCUUUGCUUGUACAAGACGGAGAACGAGUGUGUGAUGAAGUUCAUGUACUCUGAACACGCCAACGGCAUGUCAGUCCUCACCGCGCUCAAAGAGCCAGAGUGUGGCGCAGCGCCGGAUGCCAUGACGGUCCUCCUGGCAGUGGUGGGCAGUAUCCUGCUGGUGGGCAUUGUGCUGCUAGCCAUCUGGAAGCUUGUCAUCACCGUGCACGACCGACGGGAGUUUGCCCGCUUCCAGAGCGCACGCUGCCGCGCACGUUACGAGAUGGCCUCCAACCCCCUCUACAAGCAGCCCAUCUCCAGCCACCCAAUAGAGACAGACUUCAUUAUGUAUGGCAAGUCUUACAACGGAGCAGCCCACUGACCACCUCCCCAUGGGGGUGUUGGUGGUGCGGGGGCACGGCAGGACCGGUCCAAGUAGAGAACCAGGAGGGGUGGGAAAUGAUUAAAUAAACUUAACCAUCUAUCUGAUCUGCCAAGGAUUGUUUCUGGGGACUGUGGCCUUUUUUUUCUCUCUGACUGAGGAGAAACAAAGUGACCAACUACCAUGAAGUAAUGAGAUGUGACUUAAAGCUCUAGGCAGCUCUGUAUGAUUUACUGAUGUCAGUAGAAUACAGCCCAGAGGACAAGCAACAACAUUCUCCUGGUCUGGAAAUUGUUUAAAGAGGACAGAGACAAUAAUCUGUGCUCCUCUGAGUCAUCUCUCUAGCUAACAAGCGGAUGUUAUAUAAGCAGAAUGAACUAUGUAGACAGAACAAUGAAACCCUAUCUGUCACUGACAAUUUGUGUUAAAUUGCCAACUUCACAACACAAACCAGGGUUUCCCAAACUCUGUCCUCACGACCCCAAAGGGUGCACAUUUUGUUUUUUUGUCCUAGCACUACACAGCUGAUUCAAAUAAUCAACUAAUUAUCUAUCUUUGAUAAUUUGAAUCAGCUGUGUAGUGUUAAGGAAAAAUACUAAAUGUGUUCCACUUGGGGUUCCGAGGACCGAAUUUGGGAAACGCUGUCAUAAACCAUAACAUCUCCUUCACAUAAACAGCAAUACACAUUGUACAGACAGCCAAGGCAUCGACUUAUAUUUGUAUGUAUAUAUUUUUUUUACUCUUAAAAAUGCCUAUCCUGACACUCACUAUGCAUCCUCCUUCAUAACAAAUGGAAAUAUGAAUUAAUGUACAUCAGCAGGAGAUUUUCAGGUUUAUGAGAUAAUAACAUCACAUUUUUUUUGUGGACUUUGGCGUCAUGGUACUAACAUUAAAAGAGCAAUAGUUUUCUUACCCUUGUUUCACACAAUAUAUUAUAUUAUUAGGAGAGGCUCAAAGUGACUAGGAAUCUCCAUCUAUUCUCAUUGUGUUUCUAUUAUUGUUGUUACACUAUAUAUGCACUUCUUUCUCUAGUCUUGAUCUAUUGUUUGUGCUGUGUCAGCACCUAUUGUCAUUGCCAAACAAAUAGAUACAUUUGGAUACAGCACAAACGGAUCUGGGACCAGGCUACUAUUCAGUAUGACUGCAAUAACCCUGCUCUCUGUCAUGGCUACAUUACUUGCACUGUGAGUGUGGGUGGGCGGAGCGACGGGGAACGUAUCUAAGCUGUGUUGACAUGGGACAUAACUCUCUCCCUCACCCAUUCCAACAGGAAGAAGCAGGCUAAAACAUAUCACUGGAGUUAUGAAAGGGCUACAGUAUGAGAUGGGAGGGAAUACUUCUCAUUAAAUGUGUUCCAUGGCCUUUUUUUGUGAUGGUGAGCUAGGCUUGAGAGAGUGCGAGAGAGAGCGGGAGACGAUGGACGAAAAAAGUGUGCGCACUAACUUUUAUGGAUGUGUGUGUGCCAAACGCAAUAAGAAUCAUAUAAAAAUAAUCUGCUUACUUGUGUGUCUUGGCACCAUGUGAGGAAAUGCAUGAGCCCAGACCUUUCCUGUACAGCAUUGAUAAUUCACCAUUAGAAACCAAUAGAUUUACAACACUACUGCGUGUAUAUGUCAUUCUGCACACAGAGCAGGUAUUCACGAAACAGCAAUAAAUGGAUGACUUAAAAGCAAAUAUAUCCCAUUUAUUUGACUUUUACUCCCAUGGUGAUCCUCUUGCAAUUUUUGCCCCACCCUGUCUAGACUCCUCAACCUUUUAUUUGUUUUACCUAUGCAUAGUUUCACCUGUUUCACCAUUAAACUAUACUUCCUAGCAGCAGCACAUUUCCAAAUAACAAAAAUAAACAGCCAGUGUUGGAGGGUGACUGAAGGUUAAGAGGCAUGAAUGAAAUAAACUGUGAGUGUUGGAGGGUGACUGAAGGUUAAGAGAGACAUGAAUGAAAUGAACUGAGUGUUGGAGGGUGACAAUGUUAAGAGUGACAUGAAUGAAUUGGGGGUCUGUCUUUGGCUUAGACCUCAGGUGCCAGGGAAGCUGUGCAUGUGUUCAAACACAUCUGUUCUCACUCUCAACCAAUAAGCAGCAGUCUACUGCCCUCGUACAGAAACACAGAGUAAAGGUGGUCUUGUCUCCCUUUACACCUUGGUUUCUGCUGUCGCCCAUGACAACCCUCACCAUGUGCUUCUCUCCCUAGCUAACACAGAUUUGUAUUUUAGCUGCUAAAUUAGUUGCAUAAAUUCAGAAUUUUUUUCAGAGAUGAAAUGAACUGCAAAUAAGACUCAUAGAAGCACUAACAACCCAAAGUAAUGUCAAUAAACAUUAUGUGUACACCCUA